AUGUCGGAACCAAUCAGAAAACCCAGCGACAUCUCCAAGGCUCCUACGCCCCAGAACACCCCUUCCAGUGUGGCCAACCUGUACCUCAAGCAGCAGCCACCCACGGUGUCCACCAUCUCCGAGGAAGAUGAAAAGAACCUCUCCAAGCAGUUGGCCAACAACCCCGCUCUUUUGUCCAUGAUCCAAGGUAAAUUGGGUGACUUGGUUGGCCAGCAGAGCGGCUACGUGGAGAGCUUGCCAAAGUCCGUCAAGAAGCGCGUCUCUGGCUUGAAAGCCGUGCAACAACAGCAGAUGAAGUUGGAGGCCGAGUUCCAGAAGGAAUUGUUGGAGUUGGAGAAGGCUUACCUCAAGAAGUACGAGCCUUUGUAUGAAAAGAGAAAGGCCAUUGUGAACGGUGACCAAGAGCCUACUGCUGCCGAGAUUGAGGAGGGCGAGGCCUUGAAGACUGAGAGCGAUGAGGAGGACGAGGAGGAAGAGGAGGAAGAGGAUGAGGAUGAGGAUGAUGACGUAAAGGGUAUCCCCGGCUUCUGGUUGACUGCCAUGGAGAAUUUGACCUUUGUCAGAGAGACCAUCACCGAGAGAGACAGCGAGGUGUUGGCAUACUUGAAAGACGUGCGCAUGGAGUACUUGACUACGCUAGGCUUCGAGUUGAUCUUCGAGUUCAACGAGAACCCACAUUUCAGCAACCAGGUGUUGACCAAGACAUACUACUACCACCCCGAGUUGGGCUAUUCCGGUGACUUUGUUUACGACCACGCUGAUGGAUGCGAGAUCAACUGGAAGUCCAAGGAGGCCAACGUCACAAUUAACAUAGAGAGAAGAAAGCAGAGAAACAAGAACACCAAGCAAACCCGCACCAUCGAGAAAUUGACUCCUACAGAAUCCUUCUUCAACUUCUUCGACCCUCCAAAGCCACCUCAGGCUCCUACUGAGGUCAACGAUGACGAGGAUGAAGAGGAGGAUGAGGAAGAGGCUGAGUUGCGCGACCGUUUGGAGUUCGACUACCAACUCGGUGAGGAGAUCAAAAACAAGUUGAUUCCUCGUGCCAUUGACUGGUUCUCUGGCGAUGCCGUAGAGUACGAAGGUGCUGAUGACUACGACGACGAGGAGGAGGAGUUCGAUGAGGAUGAAGAGGACGAUGACGAUGAUGACAGCGAUAUCAACGAAUCCGGUCCUAAGGAAAACCCACCUGACUGCAAGCAACAGUAG